GGCCCCGUCUCCCGCCUCUUUCUCCUGCAGCGGCCACGGAACCGCCUCCUCCGCCGCCCGUCACUCGCAGCCUUCGCCCUAGACGACUCUGAAGGCGUCUUGUUUCCCAGUCGCUCGCGGUGUAGAUGCCGCUUUGAGAGCGAGGAGCAGCGGGAGGAGGAGAGGGGGACUGGGAAGAGGAGAAGGGGAGCGGGGCAGGGACGCGGCGGGGCGGGCAGGGCUCGCCAUUGUGCGCGGGGGCGAUGGCAGCGGCGGCGACCCGGCUCGUGCCGCUGCUGCUCGUCGCAUAGCCUCGCCCGUCCGCAGCCGACACCGACACCAACAGCAGCAGCAGCAGCAGCAGGAGGAGGAACAACAUCAGCAGGAAGAAUAAAAGCAGCAGCAUCUCGGACAACCACCGCGGUCGGUAUGGACGAGCACCCAGCCUUGCAGGUUGGCUCGCCCGGCCUCAAGCAGCUCCAGCAGCAGCCGUCAGGGGGAUCCGGGCAACAACAACAACAACAGCAGCAGCAACAGCAGCAGCAGCAGCUACUGCAACAGCAACUCCAGAUGCAUCAGCAGCAGCAGCAGGGCGGCGAGGGGGGCAGCGAGUCCGGCCGGCCUCACUACUCGAUGCCGGGCAUCCUGCACUACAUUCAGCACGAAUGGGCUCGCUUCGAGAUGGAACGGGCGAGCUGGGAUAUGGAACGCGCGGAGCUGCAGGCACGCAUAGCGUUCUUACAAGGAGAGCGGAAGGGACAGGAAAACCUGAAAAAGGACUUGGUGAGGAGAAUAAAAAUGCUGGAAUAUGCCCUGAAACAAGAGAGAGCGAAGUACCACAAGCUAAAGUAUGGCACGGAGCUCAACCAGGGUGACAUGAAGCCUCCGACCUUUGAUGCAGAAGAGACAAAUGACACGGACACCCCGGUGGUGACCUCCAACAGCCAGCUGACAUGGAGGCAAGGACGGCAGCUCCUGCGCCAGUACCUGCAGGAGGUGGGCUACACGGACACGAUCUUGGACGUGCGGUCGCAGCGUGUGCGCUCUCUGCUCGGCCUCUCGGGGCCUCCGGACCAGAAUGGCGCUCCCGACGCCAAGAACAUCGAGCAGAUCCUCAAUGGCCGUGACAUCAUGUCUAUCAAACCCAAGGAGGAUGAUGCCAAGAGGAACGGGGACAAGUCUCGCUCCGAGCCACUGGUACCUUCGGUGGUGGAUACCUUCCAGUUCCUGCAGGAGGAGGAGGACAGCGACGACGAUGAGGACGACGACCCAGUCGGCCCCGUCGAUGAGCGGGAUCGGCCACGCGCCAGCAAAAAGGCGAAGAUUGUUAACGAGGGCCCGGUGGACCUCGCUGAUGACCUCGACACGGAGGAGGCGCUCAAGGAGUUUGACUUCCUGGUGACCACAGAGGACGGGGAGGGUGCGGGUGAGGCGCGCAGUUCCGGGGACGGCACUGAGUGGGACAAAGAGGAGCUGUCCCCGAGCGGCGAGGAAUGGGACAUCGACCAUGGACUCAUAACCAAGCUCAAAGAGCAGUACAAGAAGGAGCGCAAAAACAAGAAGGGGGCCAAGCGCCCCAACCGCUCCGCCUUGCAGGACAUGCUGGCCAACCUGCGCGAGGUGGACGAGCUGUCCCCGUUGGCAGCCUCCAGCCCGCCCCGCCAGCCCGAGGAGCGGGCCGCCCCUCUGCCUCACGACAAUGCCCGCUCAGAUGAGGUCGAGAGCCCGUUUCCCCGUGGCACAGGGAAGAUGUUCAUCAGCGGCCCCGAAGAGGCCAUGGACACAACGGGCCUCGGGGAACUUGCGGACCUCACCGUCACCAACGACGCCGACUCGCCCAGCUACGACAUUGGCGCCAACAAAGACGCAUUCCGCAAGACGUGGAACCCCAAGUUCACACUUCGCAGCCACUUUGAUGGUGUGCGGGCGCUGGCCUUCCACCCGAGUGAGCAUGUUCUCGUCACCGCCUCCGAGGACCACACUCUCAAGCUUUGGAACCUACAGAAGACCAUCUCUGGAAAAAAGACAGCGUCGCUGGACGUGGAGCCGAUCUACACCUUCAGGGCCCACACGGGCCCCGUGCUGAGCUUGGCCAUCAGCACAAGUGGGGAGCAGUGCUUCAGCGGUGGAACGGACGCCUCCAUCCGCUGCUGGAACAUGCCUAGUCCCAACAUCGACCCCUACGACACUUUUGAGGCGAGUGUGCUGGGACAGACGCUGCUGGGGCACAGCGACGCUGUGUGGGGGCUGGCCUACAGCAGUCUCCGGCGCCGGCUGCUCUCGUGCUCCGCUGACGGCACCGUGCGCCUGUGGGACCCCUCGUGCCAGGACUCGCCACCCUGCCUCAACACCUACAAUCCCGACAAGGAGCAUGGCAUCCCGGUGUCGGUGGACUUUGUGAGCGAUGCUUCGCACCUGGUGGCCACGUUUGGGGGCGGUGACACGCUGGUGUUUGACAUGGAGACUGCCAAGCCCGUUAUCACACUCGAGUCUCGCAUUGAAACUGACGCACCGCUGGGGAACCAAAUAAACCGUGUGGUGUCCCACCCAACGCUGCCCAUCACCGUGACGGCACACGAGGACCGUCACAUCAAGUUUUUCGACAACAACACGGGGAAGCAGGUGCACUCGAUGGUGGCUCACCUGGACGCCGUCACCUGCUUGGCCGUGGACCCCAACGGCCUCUACCUGAUGUCUGGAAGUCACGAUUGCUCAAUCCGGCUGUGGAACCUGGAGAGCAAGACGUGUGUGCAGGAGAUCACUGCGCACCGCAAAAAGUUUGACGAGGCAAUCCACGACGUGGCCUUCCACCCAUCAAAGGCCUUCAUCGCCAGCGCCGGUGCUGACGCCCUGGCAAAGGUCUUCGUAUAACGGCCGCACAAACGCGUGCCCCGUCGCCCGCCCACCUCCUGCGGGCUCUCGGCUACGGCGCACGGUGGGGGGAGGUGGGGGGCAGGGGAGCGGUGAGGUGCGUGCCCGGAGGCACCACCAACCACUCUUCGCACUGCGUCCUGCCGCGAGCAGAUGGUCCCAGAGUCCUCGGCCGCUCGCCGACACCAACCGGCGACGGGCCAUGGGCUCGGACCGCGGGACGCACGUCUGCCAACGCCGGGGCUCAGUGGAUUGACGCAGGCGUGGGACACUAACACAGGUCGCGCUUGCGUAAAGGAAAUAAGCGAGAUGGCUGGGGUGGUGUUGGGCUUUUUUUUUUACCCCCUGCGUUUCGUUUCUCCUGGGGGCAUAAUUAUUUCCCACGGUCACUGUAACACUCGGAUCCCCGCGCACAGGGCUGUCUUCAACCCAGAACCCCCUAACCCGCUGUCGACUGGUGGAGGGGUACUACGGUAUAAUAGGAAUGUAUGUUGGUGACUUGUAUAGCUGAAAAUGUAUUCUCAAUUUUAUGCUGUUGCCGUAUGUACGGAGGGUUCCUCUGCUGUGUUUUAAAUACGCUUUGCUUGGCAGGAUCUGACGAGGGGCGUGCGUGCGUGUUGUGUACUCGAGACUGUACAAAGGUAGCACUCCCUCUCGGGGGGAUUGUGCCACGAUGCACGCUAAGCGCCGGGGCUGCCUCGGCCUCCCUUCUUCUACCCCCUCUCCUCCCCUUCCUCCCUCCCUCUCACAUCCACCGUGUUGAAUGAGAGCUGCAUGCCUCCCCCCACUACAGUUCCAUAUUCCGCCGUGUCAACGUGCCCUUUUUAUACAUAGCUGGCCAAACUUAUCUGUGCCCUUCCCUGCCAAAAUUUUAAAAAGGAACAGAACAGGAAAGGAAAGCAAAGUAAAGCUCUCCCCAGGAUACUAGGCCAUAAGAUGCACUGGGCCUGUUAUUACUUUAUUAUAUGCUCUGGUCAAUCUUCAUCGCAGUGCAAAGACACCAGUUUUGCCAAAAAUAACAACCCAAAAUGUUAGCUAUUCUGUCUGAGAAGGUGGUUAUCGAUUCAUUUUUGUGUUCUAGAUGGUGUGAGGAACAUAAGUUUGUGGUCAUCCCGAUAAUGUGUUGUUCGAGGCAUUGGGUUACGGUAGGGCUGAGAUUUGUUCGUAGUUGACAUGGGAAAAUAUUUUCUGUCCAUUGGAGAAGCCCACAUUUUAACCAACUGUUGGGUACCUAUGAAUAAGUGGCACGCGCACAGUAAUGAAAUGUUACACACGCACGAGAUGCAGGUCCAAUGUUACACGCUUGCGUGGGGAAAUAUCUAUAUUAUUUUAAACACAAUAUGGUUUUUAACAAAAAAGCAAAAACACAAAAAAACAUUAUGCUUGAUGUUACACUUCCCAAACAGGGAUUAUGCUCGCCACCAUUACUGGAGGUCUAGGGCCAGUGGAGAAAAUUCUACUUUCUUUUGGCAAAGGGGAUUUAAUGCAUAGACGACCCACUGUUGACAUACCAGUGUUGUAACCAUCGAGCUCGGUGGAAUUUACAGGGUGGGUCGACCUCCAUCCGAGAUGUAGACUCACGACCUGAAUGUUAGUUCAACACUGCCAUAUUGCCACCCAGCUGGAUACCCGAAAUUUGCUUCGUCUUGAGGUAUAUUUGAAUACGUAGCACAUGAACUUAAUAUCUGUUUUUGACAACAACCACAGGCAGACUGUUGUUGUAUGCAUCAAUAGUUGUACUUGCAGGCAACAGUAUUUAGCCAUUAAGACGAUACUACUUUAAAAGUAACAAUGUACUUUUUUCAGUUUAGUGGUGUUUCCAGAAACUGCAGGUCAGUGGGUACAAUGAUGGGGACAGAAAGCAGUGGAGGGCACCACCAACUUAGACGAGGCGCCAACAGAUGAGGUAGCCAACAGCCAGGGUGGGGGGGUGGCACGUGCAGCAGCUUCAGGCCGCACCGUCAACAUGGCACCGCUUUCCAUUGCCAUGAACACUGACAGAUCAUGAUGUGUGCUGCCUGUGUGUGCGUACAUGAUCGCGUUACAUGCACAUAUGCAGCAUGUGUUUAGGAUAGAUGGGAGUGCGUGCGUGUGUGCUUGCAAGUUCAUGACAGGCACGUGUCGUCUGCUGAAGUGGUGCUUGCGUGCGUGUCUGCAUAAAAUGCGUGCGUGGGUGUUUUUGAAGCCCAGGCAGGUUCCUAUGCUGUCUUUCCUGCCUCUUGUGAUGCAACGCUCGGCAGUUCGGGCGACACCGCGCACACUCUCUUGGGCCAUCGGGGCGGUGAGGGGGGAAUCUUGUAAAAUACAGCUGUGGCGGGGAAUGACUCGUGAGGGGCGCAGCUCCACGCAGAGCGGGGUAGUAGUGGUGGUUGUGGUGGUGCAGCGUGUGCACGUAAGUCACACCCGUCACCAUGUGAUACUUGUACAUUAACCUGUAUUUACAAAAUAUCACACGUGCUUGUGAGUGGCUAGCCAUCCAUCCCAACACUAUAGUAGCCUAUUUUGUGUUAUUUAUUUGACAAUGCAUUUGUCAGGCCAGUCUCUCAUGAGGCUGGGGUGUGUGCAGGCUUGGGGUGGUUGGGAGAGGGAUUGUGAUAUUGGGCCGGUGGAGAUUGCGCACACGAGAGUUGUGUUGGGGGGGGGGGGAGCUCGUCCAGGCGAUUCCGUUGGCACGUACGCCCCCAUAUCCCCUCGUGCGCUGGAGGCUCGUUCGGUAGACGUACUGUCGUAGCGACGCUAGUGCUGCACCUGUUGGGAAGGAGCAGGGGUCCAGAUUGGCGAGCAAAUGCAGGCAGGAAACUGUGCAGUCUGUGGAACACAUGGACGCAACAGCUAUUGUUUUUUUUAAUGAUUGAUUUAUCGAAAUACACAGCGUUAAUCAUGCAGAUUUGGGUGAACAGCAUGUCACAGGUUCUGACUUAACACAGUCAUGGUUCUAUAAGGAGCAGUGAGGCGUGGGGCUGGUGGACAGAUGGGUGUGGUGGGACGAGGUGUGGGAAUGGCAGUAGCGUAGGAUGAGCAGGUAAGCAGUGGGCAUCUCUUACUGCCUUUCCUCAAUCUCCUCCCCUACCCACCCACGUGUUCCCUUGCCUCCUGAGACCCCUUCCUCCUCAGCUUGCUUGUGUGCUGCAUGGUUUAUUGGAGAAAACGAAUUCCUAGUCUUCCGCGUAGACUUGAAGCGAUUUGCAAAUUCACUCCUUUGUUGGCCACCGGUACUCACACACUCGAGCGGCACAGUAUUGGCUCUCGGACGGCUGCAUACCACGCAAGCGUGCAAACGUUAAUGCAUUACAGGAAAAAAGCAUCUUGAUUCAGAACGGUGUACAGUUGCUUAUAGCUAUUCAUGUAAAUUAGUGAUGGUAACGCCCUUAAUUUGCCCUUAAUUAUAUACCACAGAGUACAAUUGCUUACCCUUGUGUUAUUUUAUAGCUCACAAACAGUUUGCCUUGUAUAAAACUAGAAAAAAAUUGUGUUCAUAAAACUCUAAUUAUUGUAAUAAUGCUCUCUUUUCUGGAAGGGAAGUGAUAGAUUUUGCCAAUAAAAAGCAGACCUUUACAGCGAGCUGGCUUCUCUUUAAACUCUUUGUGUGGUGUGGGUGGUCUUAGACAUUGGUUGUUUUUUUUUCUGAAAUUGCAACAGAUGUUUAGUGGUGGUUGCCUUUGACCCCAUCGGCUUGGUGACUGGUUUGGUGGACCGCCAAGGGCUGUAGCUGGCAGGCAGGAAACAUAAUCCAUCCAGAAUGUGCCUGCAGGAAGGAGAUAGUACAGGCAAAUGGGUUUACAGGUAGGCUACUUGUGCCAUGUGUUCUACCUGCUUACAGAUGAGUUUAUCUAGGAUCUAAAUUUUCAACUACUGUAUGUAAAAAAACAUCCCAAACCAAAUAAUACUUAAAUCCUAAGAAGUGUUUUAAUCCGUGAAGAAACGUUUACUUCAACCAGUCGACCUAAUGAAUAAAUGUAUCCCAGCAGUGUCUAAACAAAGCAAACCCUGGACCUCCGCCACACUAUGGGUUAUGAGGUGCAUUUGAUUUCAAGACGUUGAUCCGUUUGGGUUGGUGAAGGUGGGGAGCGUAGAAGUGCUGUACAACAAUGGAUUUUCUGAGACGUGAAAUAUUCAAAACCAUGCUGCAAACAACGUAGCCCAUCAGCAGGUUUCAAGCUUCGUAAGGAAUGUCACUGGUUAACUCCGUGUAACAGGCAGCUGCCACGAAAUAACACAUUGUUGGAGAUUGAAUUUUCAGCAAAUUAUAACAGAUUUGCAAUAAGCGAAGUUUGUAAAAGUAUGAUUCUUUUCAGCAAUUCACAAACAAGGAAGUCCCCAAAUAUCCAAAAAGCAAGAUGUCUUGACCCUGUUAAGGUUUGCAGUACAAAUGUUUCCAUCACAUGAAAAUACAUCUUAUCAAAAUGUUGAACACGGAGCCAUGUGCAGUCAGUAGAGAAUAAGGGCCAGAGUGCAGGGCAUCUGGACAGAUUCGUCUCUUCAAACAAAAGUUCACAGUAAAUGCCUAGCUGCAAUGCUCCACGAAGGCCAAGCAAACGUAAUUAUAAUUAACAUGGUGGGGUGAUUGUGGUCGGCUGCAUCGCACAGAUUGAAAUGCCUGCCUGUGGGGUGUCAAGAGUUCCACAAGUGUUCGAUGUUUUGUGUUCCUACUGUAUAACUACAGUGUAAUGUGCGUUUCGAUUUGUCUCCCAAUAUUAUCCCAACUUGUCCUAUCAGUAUCAUGACAUGACUACAUUUUCAUGUUUUCAUUAUUACAGUGGGGAGUGCAUCUCUUUGUGUUAGCCCCCAGAUAUGGUGCCACAGAACCCUACUGUAAUUCUGGAGGUACUUAUAUUUGGCCUUGUAUUCACAUAGGGUACCACACAUUUUUCAUGCGUUAAAAACUUAAAUAUUUGGUCCACAUAUUUGGCACAUUUCAAAUUCAGUGAGAAAGUAGAUAUGCUGUGCAGUCAUGUGUAACUUGACUGAGAUCACCAGCACAUGAUGAUCUGGUUUGGUCAUUGCCUGGAUUGUCGCCCAGGAUCUCAGCAGUGCUGGCUCGUGCCUCAGUACCAUUUUUGUUUCCAAAAACACGUCCCUAAAGUGUUGCAGUUUUAGACAAGCCUCAUAAUUCAGUCACAUAAUUGCUUUAUAAAUACAUUUCGUUCAUCAGAUGAGAGAAUUGAUUAAACAGUCCUGAUUCAUGGUGGUCUAUGCCACUUUUCUCCCAAUUCUCAGCAGAAAAGCCAUAUUGGUAGGAUUUAAUGGUAAUGUCUUUUCCUGCCAAAUAACAUGGGGGGAAAAGCCUUUCUGCCAAGAUGAAUUUGGGCAAACAUGUCUACUUUGCACAAUACGUCUUUGCCCUAAUCCAGGUUGAGUUAAGAUGUAUUAGCGGAUAUGUCAUGACCUAUAAGUCUGAUUUCAGAAUAGUUUCCGUGGAGUAGCAGUGUUUGUUAAAUUAAGAUAAAAACAUUUUAAAAAUCUGUUAGCAUGAACAGGUUGUCUUCCUGUUGCAUCAUCCCAAAGUCCCAUUCAUGUGUGAUUCUGAUUAUCCUGCUUUACAGAACCACCUUCUUGGUUCUUUCGGUAAAGUCACGUAAUAAAAUAAUAAAAUAAAACAU